UUCCUUCAUAGAGAAGUUAUCCAACUGCUACUUGUCAUAUUUUGUGAAACUCUGUCUUAGUUCAUAAAUUCCCAUUCCCUAAAAUCCAACAAAUUAUACUGGUAACCAAACCUGCCCCUCAAAUUUUAAGCUUGAGCUUCUUUUGUAUUUCAAUGGCUCAACGUUCAUGGUCUGACCUACCAAGAGAUCUCAUCGAUCGUAUAUUUAGACGCCACUUGAAUAUAAGGAGGAUAGACCCAAAGGAUCUUGCAAGAUGUAGCCUUGUCUGUACUACUUGGAGAUGCGUUAUUGCUGAUAUUUGGGGCAAGAAUUUAUCUUUGUUGAGUUCAGCAAGUGGGUUGAUUAAUAAGAGAGUUCUAGCUGAGUACCAGAAUUUCCAGACAGAUCCUCCAGAAGGUUGCAGAGUUAGGUUUGUUGAUAGCCUGUUCCAUUGGGAAGGAAUCAUAAUUGGUCCCCAAAGUAGCCCUUAUGCUGGUGGAGUCUUUCUCUUAGACAUCCAUUUCUCUGAUCAACACCCAUUCAAAGCUCCCAAAGUCACGUUCCAAACCAAGGUUUAUCACCCAAACAUUGACCAGCAAGGCAGGUUAUGUCUUGAGACAUUAUGGUGCCCAGCAACAACCAUUUCACAUGUUCUCCUAGUAAUCUAUGCACGCUUCAAUGACCCUGAUCCUGAUGACCCUAUUGAUUUUGAGAUUGCUCACAUCUAUAAGACUCAAAGAAUUCAGUUUGAAGAAAAAGCAAGAGCCUGGACCAAGAAAUUUGCUACUGCAAGCCAAAUAAGUGCAAUAGAUUGGACCGAUUGGUCAUAGUUUCUCAGAGGAGCAUAAAAUUGGGGAGACACCAAUGUAGGAGUACAAACAAAUAUUAGAAGAAUGAAACUCUGUGCCCAAAGAUAAGUUGCAAAUUAACUUAGUUAUAUGGUUGUUGUUCCUUCUAAUUGACUAAUUGCUUUCCGAAUAUUACCUAUGUUUUAUACAAUUAGGCAAUUUGACAUUAAAUAGGUUUUUUGUGUAUUUCCAUCAAGAAUUUUAUCAUAGGGCUUAACAUAAUC